AUGAGCGACGGCGCUGCCAAGCGAAAGCAGGGCCCUGGUGGCAAUGGCCCAGCCUCUAAGAAGAGCAAGGGAGGCGCUGGCGGCAAAUGGCAGACAACACACCAAAAGGCCAAGAAGACUGAGCAGAUGGAGCUAGGGAGAACCUUGGAAGUCAACGAUGCCGGAAUUUGGGUAACUUACGCGAGAGGCAUGAGAGGCAAAGCCAUCAAGGAGUUCAAGACCCUUUGCGACGAGUACGGCGAGUCGCUGUUUGGAGUACAAGCUCCGAAAGAGGAUGAUGAGGCCGAUGAAGAAGAAGAGCACGAUGAUAUCGAAGCUUCGAUUGAGAAGGAAUUGGCCAGUAUGUCACAGCCAAAGCCCAAGACGAAGCAGACAUUUACGCCGAUUGGAACCGGCCUCGACUGUGUCUUCUUUAUGAAGACGGUGAAGCCCAUCGAGCCUCUCCAGCUUGUGACCAAAAUUUGCCAGGAUGCCAAGGACUGUCCGGACCCGAUGCAGCGUAAGACCAAGUACGUCAACCGCUUGACACCCGUCUUUGACACAGACAAGGCUACCGACAAGGGUAUUGAGCGUGUAGCUCGAACUGUGAUGGCGUCGCACUUUGAGCUCAAGAAGGAGUCGGGAGACGAUGCUCCUCAAGCGGAGGCAACUCCUUCAAAGGAAGAGGGUGACGAGACUGCGGGCUGCACGUACGCCAUCAGGUAUAACAUCCGGAAUCACACCGCCUUCAAGUCGAGCGAGGUGAUCAAGAAGAUUGCGGAUUUGGUCAGCCCUAAACACAAGGUCAAUCUGAGCAAUCCCGACAAGGUGGUAUUGGUAGAGAUUUUCCAGACGUUUUGCGGAGUCUCGGUUGUCGAUGGCAAGGAGAGCGAGGAGCUGAAGCGUUACAACCUGAACGAGCUGUACAAGGCCUUGGACCAGAAGAAGGAGAGUAAGCCUGCAGCCAAGAAGGAGGUUGCGGAAUCAACAUAA